AUGCUUCAAGACGACUAUAGCGGUGUUGAAGAGCCGCGAUUAGUAGCGGCGUUUCUUGUUGCACAUCGGCAGGACGGUCGCUGGGUCGACGCUCCGGGUCGCCAAGAUGGAGGCAAAAAUGCUCUUGUAAAGCGCUGCAAGCUGGAUGCAGAACAGUUCUCCGGCGAGUGGUUCGUGGUGGCGCGCACGCCGCUGCUCAAGAUCCCCGACGUGGACAGCAAGUGCCACAAGUUCACGUACUCGACGGAGCCGCAGGGCAACGAGACGCGCGUGUCCAUGAAGAUCACCAUCAAGACGGACGAGAAGGCGAUGGAGCCCGAGGUGAAGGGCCACUUCAGCAACCGGCCCAACGCCGGCUCCGUCAUGCAGGGCGUGUGGCGGCCCUCCGCGGGAGACAAGUGGAUGCGGUUCUUAGAAGUCGUAGAAACGCCCGUCGAAGAGGACGUUUUUGAACGCCCCCAUGGUCAAGGUGAACGGGUUAGCGCGCCGCCCGGCCCCGUGCCCCCGGCCGGGAGCCGCAGCGGGAGGCGCGCCUCUAUAAAAGGCGGCGCGGCGCGCAGAACCCUUACUCGCCGGCCGCUUGGUGCUCGCUGCCUGUCUCCCGCCACCCCCGCCUCCCCGCCGCCCCACUGCUGCGCCAUGAGUCCCCGCUGCGCCCUGCUCAUGCUGGUGAUCGGAGCCGUGUGCGUGCUGGCACGCGGAGCCUCCAAGAACAAGUGCCCGUGGGUCAUGGGCAAGUACCCCUUCGAUGAGACGAAGAUGUCAGGCGAGUGGUACAUCAUCGCCGGGACGCCGCUGUUGGGCCCCGCCAUCUCCAAGUGCCCCAAGCUCACCUUCUCGGCCAAGAAGACCAACAACGACCUGCUCCUGAACCUACGCCUCAACGCCACCAACCCCAAGGACGGCUCGGAGUUCACCUACGAGUCCAACAGCCAGGCGUUCAAGCCCGAGAAGGCCGCCAUGUCGCAGGGCGUGUGGCGGCGCGUCGGCACCGAGCAGUGGACCCAGGUGUACAAGCAGGUGUUCGCUCAGACGGACUACGACAACUACGCCGUGUUCCUGGCGUGCCGGUCGCUGUACAACGACGCCACCUCCUCCUUCGGCCGCCACUUCGCCGCGCAGGUGUGGAGCCGCCGCCCCACGCUGUCCGAGGAGACGCUGGGUGUGCUCAAGAACCUGCUCACCGGCUACGACGUCGACCCCGCCGACAUCCAGAUGGCCGACCAGAGCUGCUACUAACUGCUCUCCCCUCCCUCGUUCCUUGCCAUAAUUUGUCCAUUUUGGGUUGGAAUCAACUCAUAACGUGAUGCAAAUAAAUGUGUCGCAUUUUG